AAAGAAGUAUAAGAGGAAAAAAAUGCGCGUUCACACACACACACACACACACACACACAGACACAGACACGGGGGGGCGGCGAUGUCGUGAGCGCGCUUUCGCGUCUCGGUAAAGGUGAGAGCGAGGGUUUUAGUGUCGCGUGGAAAAAAAGGACGGAAAAAUGAAUCCCUGGCUUCGAUACCUCCUCAUCCUCGGAGUUCUCGCGUCGCCUGCAGAGUCACAGUCCUAUUCGCUGCCGUAUAGAACGGAUGGAAACUGCCAGAACAGCGAAUUCAAGGUCGGCAGCUACUGCUGCAGCAAAUGCAGGGCUGGAACCCGAAAGGUGGAAGACUGUACCACCGUGACGGACACUGUGUGCGAGAAUUGUCCGGCUGGAAUGUAUUCCAGCAUGAAUUAUUUCCACAACUGCUUCACCUGCAGCACAUGCCCAGAAGACAAAGGUAUGGAAUACGCCAAGCUGUGCACCCGGGAAAGCGAUGCGGAGUGUGUGUGUAAGUCGGGGUGGUACUGCGUUUUAAACGACGAGCCCUGUACCUCUUGUGAAAAGCAUACCAAGUGUCCCCCUGGCAAAGGAGCCAUAUCUCCAGGAACUCCUACAGAGAAUGUGAGGUGUGGGAAAUGUUCUCUAGGAACGUUCUCUGAUGAAUUCAGCACUCGGCCGUGCCAGGCCCACACUCGGUGUGAACUGCUGGGCAGGUCGGUUUUGAAGCCCGGUAACGCCACAGCCGACACAGUGUGUGGUCCGGUCCUGCCUACAACCCUGACCCCUGUCGUGACUCCUCGGCGGGCCAUCACGACCAGGACGACUUCCUCACCCGCGGAGACGUCUAUGAAGCUUUACCCUCAGUCCUCACAGAGCUUGUCCUCUGUCUUCGCCACCCAGUCUCCGGACAUCGCCUCCGUGGGAUUGUGGAUUGGUCUGCCUGUCAUGCUGUUGCUGGUGGUUUCGAUGAUUUCCGCAGUUAUCUGUAUUCGUCACAGGAAAGCUAUGUUUAAACCUGCGGUCCAUGAUGUCGUGGAAGCUGGCUCGUGUAAUAACUCAGCCCCUCUAUGUAGCCAGACAGAAAACCAGGGACUCUUAGCGGAUAACAGCAGCAGCAGUGACCCGUCCACGUCGUUGUCCUCCGACAGCCACAGCCAGGGUACUGGAGUGAGCCAGGACUGCCUCCACGUGGAGCAGCCGAGCGUCUCCAGCCCCGUCGUUAACGUCAGCUUCACGGCCACCAUCAACUGCCAGGUGAACCCGGCUACAGGCUACUGCUCCGUUCCCAUCAGCCCCUGUGUGCACCUUCCGGAGCCCGAGUUUCCUCUUUCUCAAGAAGAAGAGCUGUGCGUGUCCUGUGAGCAAGAGGACAGCAAAGACGCCAUACAGUCAGUACAAGAGAGUGGGAUGACUAAGUACUGAAGACGAGGGGGAAAUCCGCUGGCUCUCGUUUUGCACGUUAGCACUGAACGUUUCAUCUCAGGCUGAGUGUGUGUGUGUGUGUGUGUGUGUGUGUGUGGUGGGGUUUGGUGCUACAGUGGAUCAUCAUGCGACAUCACUAGUCAUGUGUAGAUUUUUAUUUCACACACAAACCCCGUUUUAGAGUCCACUAGACAACAGCAAAGGCGCAAACGCACCCACACACUUACCAUCAAAACACACGUUUAUGAAUAUGCAAAUUAAAACCCUACACACAUCCACCAACACACUUCCCCUCAUACACUGGCACUGAACAGCAGACAAGGGGCCAAGGGCUAAGGGGAAAUCCCCCUGGAAUGAAAUUCGCCCAAGACCUGUGUGGAGGAAAAAAAAUAUUAAAAAAGGUCACGGGUCAUCCUGCUGGGGUUCAUUUGCAUGUUGUAACCUGAUAGGCUUUUAGGUUUUGUGAUGCAAUAAAUCAUUUGCAUACGGAAUCUACACUGUGACUCCAACCAAAAUUUUGCCUGAAGUGUGUUAAAAAUAAAUGUAAAAAAAGCGUACUGGACUUUUAACACAGAAUUAUAAGAUUGUGUUUGCGCGGGUUUGCUACGGGUGUCCUGCAGGUAGGUGGACCGCACUGCUGAACUGUCCCUGAGUGUGUGAAGUGGGAGUUCAGACCUGCCACACAGCUUACAGACUGUUUGGAGGACUGGAUAUGUGUUGUGCAGCUACAAUCAGAUCUCAGGGCAGAACUCUUUGAACAAUCACACCAUUCUUUCGCUUGGUUCUCGCUGUGGAAGACUCGACUGUUCUUCCUCCUUCCUUCCUGUUCUUUUUAAAGCAACAACGUUUUGCCCAGACAAUUCAAAAGAAAUGCAUGUGCCCGUUGUCUCUUAUAGCAAAUGUCAAGUCACAAGUGGGCAAGGUGCACUUUACCCCACACAUUUGCUCUGAGGAAGUCUUGCACUGUAUAUAGACCAGAAAACGGAAACAUCACAGCAUGUAGAUCACCGGGGCCCCCUAGUGGUGAUUAGGAUAUAAUGCCUGUAGAUAGGGUCUUGUCUUUAUUAUUUUAUAAUGUUGAAUGUAAUCUUUCCUCUCUAAUGUGAUUUAACAUAGAGAUCCUAGAAAUAUUUAACCUUUUAAACUUCACGUCAUUUCUGUUGGUUUGAGUGUAAAUUUGUUUUUUUUUUUGAAUAAAUAACUGAACAGUAAAACAUUUAUAUAUAUUUUUUUUAUUUUUGGAAAAUAUUUUUUUAAUAUUUUUAUAUAUUAUUAAUUUUGAAAAAUAUUAUUUUAUAUAUAUUUUUAUAUAUUAUUAUUUCAUGUAGUAUUAUUUUAUAUAUUUUUAUAUAUCGAUAUUUCUUUUCAUAUUCUUUAUAUAGUAUUAUAUAUGCAAAUGUUUUCAAAACUAUUCAAACUAUUCACAUUUCAGCUUGUGUCACAUAUGGCUUUAUUAUUAUUAUUAUCAUUAUUAAUGUCUGACCUGCUGCUAAUGUUGUCUGCUAAUAAUUUCAGCGACUAACAGCUAAUAACUGUAUUUAUGUCCUUUGCAUCACUCGAGGCUGUAUGUUGGAUCAUAUGGCACUGUCCGUUUCCUCCGAAUUCUUACGCUGAACUUAAACCUGGUCUUUAACCCUAAAUGUUAUCACUUAUUGAUGUUGUCUGGUGUUUCUUACUUGCAUUAGUGAACAUGUGAACAAACAGAUAGAGAGAGAGAGAGAGAGAGAGAGAGAGAGAAAGAAAGAGAGCGAAACCAGAUCUGGGAGAUCUGUCUUUUUUCACUGAGUCAGAUCAUUUGGCUCAGCUCAAUAAAAGAGUCAACUCUUUUAACUCACGAAUCUUUUCAAUCUCAUACCAGCGAUUCUUUUUGUGUGUGUGUUUGUUUUGUCACUGAAGUGGUGUUAUUUCUUUUAUUCUUUUAACACAAUAAAUUCACUUUGCAUUGCAUUUUAA